AGCACUUCAUUUCCCCCCCCCCCACAACGAGGCCACUGAAAAGUUUGGAAAUGGCGGCUGUCAUUGCUAUGUUGUGGAUGUUCUUUUCAUUUUUGUGUGUAGAUGCAGACAACGAAUAUGCUAGAGGUUGGGGAGAAGACAUUGAAUGGGUGCCAUUAAACAAAGCUUGGGAAAAAAGCAAAGAAGAGAGCAAAGUUGUAAUGUUGGUUGUUCACAAGACAUGGUGUGGGGCUUGUAAAGCAUUGAAGCCAAAAUUUGCAGAAAGUUCUGAAAUCAAAGAAUUGAGUAAAAAUUUUAUCAUGGUAAAUGCUGAGGAUGAUGAAGAACCAGAUGGUGAACAGUACAAACCGGAUGGAGGCUAUAUACCUAGAAUUAUGUUCUAUAGUCCAGAUGGAAAGUUGUUAGAUCAGUAUCAAAACAAGAAGGGCAAUCCCAACUACAAGUAUUACUAUCCUGCAGCUGAAGCAGUGGUGACCUCAAUGCGAGAUGUUCUCGACUCAUUCAAGAUGCACAGUGUCAAGAAAGAGUUGUAGCAAGAGCAAACAUUUGUCCUACUAAUCUUUUUAUGAGUAUGACCCUUCUAUUGGGCAUACAGAGUGAUCUACAAAGUAAAAAUCCAUAUUUCUCUGUGUGUUUGUGAGAGAGAGAGAGAAAACAAGAUUGAAACAGCUGAAUAAUUCAGUGUGGUCGUUUGAGAAAAAAUAUAACCUCAAAAGAAAUGGAAAUGUCAUCACAAACUAUACCAAACCAAGAACAACUUUUUUCUAAAUCUGUUUUUUGACUUUUUUUCCUUGUUCUUUCCUUAUAUCUUUUAGUGACUCUUUGUUAAUGAUUUUUCUUGUAAAGAAUAUGUUAUCACAUUCAAAAUGUCUCCUGUAAUGAGUAUUCAAUAUUUAUGAAGGUUCCUUUCAAAGGAAAACUUUUAUAGUUAAUGAUAUGUACCCAGUGUGAUUGCAUAAUGUUUUAAUAUACUUUAAAAUGAUUUUUUAAAAUUUAUUUUCAUUUGACUUUUGAUUAGCUGCUUAGUGUUUUUGUGGAUUGCAUGUCAAAUAAAAGAUAAGCUAGCACUUUAAAGUUA